UAUAAUUUUACAGAGUAAUUAUAUGUAUAAAGAAUAAUAUUAAUCAUAUAUUUCAAAAUAUAGACGCCAUUUGUCCUAAUGUUUAAUAGCUUAAUAUAUUUACAUGAUUGGUGAAGAAAGCACAUCUGCCCUUAAAAUUGUAUAUUACCUUAUAGAGGUGCUCUUGUUCGACGUACCAACAUAUACGUGUAAAACAUCAAGCAUAUAAUUCGUGUUAAAAGGUGUAUAUAUGUGACCAGAAAUCUACAUAAAUACAUUCAUAGACAAUAUACAUGAACACACACAUACUACUAUAUGUGACCUGCAUGCAUGUCUCUCUCUCUCUAUAUAUAUAUAUAUAUGCAUAGAUACAAAAAUGCAUCGAGAGACCCGAAUCUAUAUAAACAUAUGCAUAAUUUCACGGUUACAUAUGUACAUCAAUACAUGCACAUAUACAUAGACAUGGAUGAUAAUGCGAAGCCAUGCAAGUAUGUGUGCGUGGACGUGGAGAGAUUCAUAUAAGAAGAUAGUUAGGUCUUGAGGGAUGCCAUGUGUUUUCAUAGAUAUUAUAUGGAGAGAGAAAAAAAAAGGAAAGUGAUUAAGGAAAAUGUGAUUUAAUUAUUUUUAUUAAGUUUCCAUUAAGAUUUGAAUUAAUGGUUAUUAAUGACGCAGUAAAUAUCAACUUAUAAGCUCUUUCUAUAAAAGCAGCAGCUACCCUCACUCCACACUCAAUAUCACAAUCUAUAUAUCUCUCUCUCUCCUCUUUUCUCUCUCUCUAAAAAUAUCUUAUACAUAGAUCGACAAUAUAGUGAAUACGUACAUAUAAUAUACUAAUAAUAAUAUAAUAAUCUGCAGGGAAAAUAAAUAAAAAUGGAGAGGAGAGGAAGUGGCAUUGUUUCGGGAGAGGAGGAUGUGAGGAAAGGGCCAUGGACGAUGGAAGAAGAUCUGAUUCUAAUUAACUACAUCACCAACCACGGCGAUGGUGUUUGGAACUCUCUUGCCAAAGCCGCAGGUCUAAAACGCACCGGAAAAAGUUGUCGGCUGCGGUGGCUGAACUAUCUCCGCCCCGACUUAAGACGUGGAAACAUCACUUCGGAGGAGCAGCUCGUCAUCAUGGAACUGCAUGCAAAGUGGGGAAACAGAUGGUCGAAAAUCGCAAAGCAUCUCCCUGGAAGAACAGACAAUGAAAUCAAGAAUUUUUGGAGGACUAGGGUCCAAAAAUACAUCAAGCAAUCCGAAACGACAUCAGCCGUUGGAUCACAGGGCUCUGAGAUCAACGAUCAACCGAGCUCGAGCCAAAUCUUCAGUGCACAAGAAGCAAUGGAGACAUACUUUCCAACGACGUCGUAUCAGGCAAACAUGGAAGUGAAUUACGACUCUCCUAUGUCGUCGGAAUGGCUGAUGCCAAUGCCGAUGCAGAUCGAUCAGACCGGAGAAAACUAUUGGACCAUGGAUGAUAUAUGGUCCAUGCAAUUACUUAAUGGUAAUUAGUUUAUUCAAAAAAAUUUAAUUAAAAAUAAAAAAAAGAUGGGUCAUGUGUUAGGCCUGCUUAUACUUUUAUUUCAAUGUAAAGUGCGUUAGUACUUUACACUAAUAUGGUUUGUUUCCAUGUUUAGUGGUAUGCUUAAUUUGUGGGGGGAUAUAUUAAUAUAUCUUUGUUCGGUGUUAUA